AUGGAUGUACUUGAUACUAUUGUUGAAACUGCACAUAGUUUGGAUGAAAGUGCCACGGCGACGGGAUAUAUCAGAGUUGCUCAAACGUACGAGGUUGCAUUCAUGUUACAUUUGAUGAAAGAAAUUUUAGGAAUUACAAAUGACCUUAGUACAUGCUUACAAAAAAAGGAGCAAGAUAUUGCGAAUGCCAUGCGACUUGUUAAUGUGGCAAGGAUAAGGUUGCAAGAGCUAAGGGAAGAUAAAAGAUGGGAUUUGUUUGUUGCUGAGGUAUCUACGUUUUGUGUCAAGUAUAAUAUUGUGGUACCUAAUUUUGAUGAGUCGUAUGUUAACUCGGGGAGAUUUCGGCGUAAACCUGCUGAUUAUACUUUCUUGCAUCAUUAUCAUGUUGAUGUAUUUUGUAAAAUAAUUGAUUGGCAACUGCAAGAACUUAAUGAUCGUUUUGAUGAGGAGACAACUGAGUUGCUUUAUGGAGUUGCUUGUUUGAAUCCGAUAGACUCAUUUUCAAGUUUUGACAUCCAGAAAAUAAUGUGA